AUGUCUUCGGAUCAGGAUGCGAAAGUCGACCUUGGGUCUUUGACUCAAAGUAUCAUCAAUGACUGCUUGUACACCGUCAUCCAUGAUCUGGUCCUCCAGACCCAUCGCCGCGAGAAACUACUUCUACGAACUGUAGACCCUACGACGGGACUGCCAAUCUGUCCGUCAUGCAAUCUCCCACGACUUCUGGACCCUCCUCUAGCGAAUGCGAACCCUCCCAAGAAGAUACAAUACUGCACACAUAUUCCCUGGUCAACGCGACCUGGUCACGAUAUCUAUGGCAACCCAUUCCCAGUGGCUGGCAGCGACAAGCCACCAACCAAGAAGGAGCGCGAAAGGAUGAAGGCCGAAUCAAACGCUUCCAAGGAGAACGGCACCGCACCUCCGUCGCCUUCGGCAGAACAACCCAACACUGGCGGUCCUGUUGACAAGAAGGCUGCAAAGGUCGGCGAAAGACUCAAGGGUGGCACAUACAUCCCUUGGCAUACAUGUCCGUCUUGCAAGCGAAGUCUGCUUAUCACGCGCUUUGCCCAACACUUGGAGAAGUGUCUCGGAAUUGGAGGCAGAGGUGCUAGAGCUGCUCGUCUCAACAACGCGAACGGAGCAUCUCCGCUGGGUAGCAGAGGUGGUACACCGACACCAAACUCACGUGGCUCAAAGAAUGGAGACGAAGACGAGGACGAAGACGACGACAAGUCUGGAGGUGUACGGAAGAAGGUACUCAAGAGGGGGCUCAAAGAAAGCAUGAAGAAGGAUGUAAAGGGCUCCAAACUUGGAAAGCGCCCCGGCAAGUCAGAUUCAAAGACGGACAAGAGAGAAAGAGACGAGCUUGGAGACGAUGAAGACAAUACGCCGCUACGCAAAAGGAUGAAGCUACAGAGAGUUGGCAGUACAGCAAGCUUACAGACCAGCAUUGCUGGUGAAGAAAGUGUCGACGGAAGCUUUGUUGACGACAACGACAGCGCGGGCGAUGAUUGA